GGGCCAAAGGGUGGGGAUGUGAAGGGGGCGGCGGCGAGGAAACGGUCUAUUUCGGGUGCGGCGGGCAAGGACCGCACGACGACGGGAGGGAGGGCGUUACCGCCUAUCCGAAACUACGCGAUCUCGGAAGCGCUGGAAGUUGAGGGGGAGAUGGAGGAUGAAGACGCCACCGCCGCUGAUGACUCUGCAGUCCCUCCCACCGCUGCUACAUCGACAAAAACCAAACAACCCCGCCGCGGGCCCCAACUUCCCACCAAACCAGGCUCCAAAACGGCAGCAGCGAAUAACCGCACAAGCGAUAUCCUCGCCGCCGCCGCCGCCGUCGCCACAGGUACAGGUGGUGUUGGGACAUUUCCGCAACAACACGCCCAAAAACCCUCCCCCUUAGGCUCCCACGCCGCCUCCCUCGCCGCCUCCCUGACCAUGCUCGCAGACCUCGGGGUCGAUAUCAAAGAUAUCACCAUCCCCCUUCCCAUCCCCGGGGUUGAAGGCGACACUGGAGGAGGCCAGUUACAGACGCUGGAUUUGACGGACAUGCAGAGUUUGACUGCGUUGUUUCCGGAUGUGUCGCCGGAGGAGUUACGGCAGAUAUUAUUGCUGGAUGAGACUUCAGGGGUGGCGUCUGCCGAUAUGAUGCUGCAACUGCAAGUGGACGAAAACGGCGUCAACCUCCCACCACCCGACGGAACUGACCCGACUGGACAACCAGGCGGCGGCGGCGUCCCCACCUUCGGCCUCCCCGCGCAAACAUGGGGUCGCCGCGCCGCCGCGCGCACCAGAGCCGCUCAUCCACACCUUCCCCACCCUCGCCACCCGCCGCCGUCUGAAUACAAAGAACAGCAACACUACACGUACACAACCUACGCAGACAACCUAGCCUACCCCAACAUCCUCCUCCCACCGUUCCGCAUGCCCCCCGUCAAGCAGAUAUUGUAUGGGCCGUACGAGGCGGCGUUGUGGAGGUACCUUGUAGCGAGGCAGGUUAGAGUUGUGAGGUUGGCUGUUGAGAGGGAACGGGCGAGGAGUGCUGGGAUGAGAGUGGAGGUGGAGCUGGAGGGGGUGGGUGUGUAGGAGGGGAGGGGUAGAGUAGGGGGAGUAGGGGGUAGGCGCGAGUAACAGCCAAUAACAG